AACCCUGAUGAAAACAUUAUGCUAAGUGAAAGCAGCCAGACACACAAGGCCUCACAUUUGGUUGUAUGAUUCCAUCUACAGGAAAUCUCCAAAACAGGCAAAUGUCUAUGGACAGAAAGCAGAUUGAUUAGUGGUUGAGGGACUAUUGAGGACUUGUGUAUGUGGUGCGGUGGGGGUGGGGGUGCGGGGGUGGUAGCCGUGCUGUGGAAGGAGGAGUGUGGGAAGUGACUGCUUAUAGGUACAAGGGUUUCGGUUUCUUUUCUGGGUGUUGAAAAUGUUUUGGAACUAGGUGAUUGUGAUGGAUGUGCAACAUUGUGAACGAGCAGUACCGAUCAACCUUCCCCCUGCUAGCCCAUAGUGCUCCCACAGUGUUCUCAUCCAGUAGUAAGGGAGAGUUCCCACUGGCAAAGAGAGGGUCAUCAGCAGGAUUUCCCAUGCCCCGCUCCCCUCGACCUCUACCCCCACGGCCCUCCAGCCACUUCUGGGCCCAGGCCUGCUUCCUGGGGGCCAAUGGGAAAUCGAUGAGGUCACCUGAUGGGCGUGUCCCUGGUGAGGCUGUCAUCACGUGCGCGCUAGGCCGUUACCACGUGAUGAUGUGGUGGCACGAGGAUGUGCGUGCCCAUUGGACUCGGCUCCCCAGCCAAUGAGAGGCUUGGCCCUGGUCGCUAGGAUACACAGUACCGGACUCCGUAACGGUCAUCUUGAGAGGCACCUUGUGCUAGAACAAGCCGAGCUGAGAUAGGGCACCCAAUAGCCAGCAUGUCGGAGAGGAGGAGCCACAGAGGGUCCUCUGGUGCCCGCCGCCGGGGGCAUACCCGCUCUCGCACCGCCCGAGCGGAACUUCUAUUUUCGGUUGGCCACAUGGAGCGCAGUCUACGGGAAAGCCACUACGCCCAGUGCCUGAGUCACAACGCGCCAGUCUACCUCGCUGCGGUGAUUGAGUAUCUGACGACCAAGAUCCUGGAGCUGGCGGUCAAGGAGGCCCAAAACAACGGCGAGAGGAUCAUCACUCCGCGGCUGUUGGACAUGGCGGUUCAUAAUAACGGGCUGCUGAGCACCCUCUUUCAUACAACAACCAUCUCUCAAGUGGCUCCCGGCCCGAACUAGCUGCUGACAACGCCAGACUCCUGGGACCCGGCACGUCUGCUCAUCCACCCACCUGGCCACAAAACCCCCAGC